AUGGAGGGGGAGACAGUUGAAUUCAAGAUGGAUGUUUCUGAUGAAAGCAUCAAAAGGGAAGCUAUGAGAGUUGUCUGGAUGGAUUCAGGAGUUACUUUCGCAGACAUCAAUGAGAAAGGUAAAGUGAAGGUGAAGGGAAGAUUUGAUAAGAUGGAAAUGGGGAGAAAACUACAAAAGAUUGAUAGUUCUGUUGACAUAAUCAAUCCAAUGGGAAAACCGGGGCAAAGUCGUAUUCCCGGUUUAAGUACAGCCUACAGUUAUCUCACCACUCCAACAAUGCAGGAGAUACUUGUAUUCAAGUUUAAAGUUCUUAAUUUCCACAUCAUACCGGAUGUUAUGGAAGUUAUAUGGGAGUUUUCAGGUGUUACUUCCGUAGAGGUCAAGGGAGAUGACCAAGUAGAGGUAAAUGGAGGAGACUUUAAUAAAAUUGCAAUGGCGGCGAAACUAAAGGGCAUAGAUGAAAAUGUUAGCGUUAGCAUCAAGGCUGGACCAGAUGUACCGGCACCCAAUUUUGGAACCUCACAUGGACAAAGUACAAUUUCUAAGAUCAGCAAUGCUCUAUCAUCUAUCCGUUUGCCUUCCCUUGCAUCUCUGCGUGUGCCACCGCCUCCGCCUCCACCUCCAUCUGAGCCUAUGUAUGCACGUGGUCGUGGAAGAAGUUUUGACCAUGAUCAUAUUAAACCAUAUCAGCGGCCAAUACUUGAUCGUGUACGUGACUUUGUGUACAAUCCAAACGCGAAUAAGCCCUUGCACCAUGCAGUGAACAUUGGCCGGGAGCCGCGGCGACCUCAAAAGGAAAAAUGCGUCCUUGAAAUACCUAAACCACAGUCUGCCACUGCCGGUACCUCAAAUUCGAGUACAACAAUAAAAGGUACAAACACAGAACCUAGCUAG